UCUAUUGUCUAAACUUGGGCUGAGCAUAUUUUUACUCCCAAAUGCUGCUAUAUAUAGAGGGACAAUAGUCAUUGUGUCGUUUGGCUGGUGGAUUGAUAGCAGCGCUGAAGAACUCCAAUAUGGCACCCAAAAUGGCCAGACACAAGAAGGAAGGAGGUGGCUCCAAUGUAUUCUCUAUGUUUGAUCAAAGCCAGAUCCAAGAAUUUAAAGAGGCCUUCACAAUCAUGGAUCAGAACCGAGAUGGCUUCAUUGACAAGGCUGACUUGAGAGACACCUUUGCUGCAUUGGGUCGCAUGAAUGUCAAGAAUGAAGAGUUAGAAGAAAUGAUCAAGGAAGCUCCAGGGGCCAUUAACUUCACUGUCUUCCUUACUAUGUUUGGUGAGAAGCUCAAAGGCACAGAUCCGGAAGAGAUCAUUCUGAAUGCUUUUAGGGUUUUCGACAGAGAAGGAAAAGGUCAUGUGAAAGCAGAUUACAUGAAGGAAAUGCUCAUGACACAGGCAGACCGGUUUACUGAAGAGGAGAUGAAACAGACGUUCACCGCAUUCCCUCCAGAUCCUGCCGGCAACCUGGACUACAAGAACCUUGUUUACGUUAUCACUCAUGGUGAAGAGAAGGACUAGAAGAUGCUGAGAUGAUCCAUCGAGAGAAGGCUAUUCACUGUUGCCUCAGAAGAAGCCGAGUGAGAUGAAAACCAUUAUAUUUCACCAGGCUUCAACAGCCUGAGGCCCUCCUCAUGCUUUGGAGUACAACUGCCAUCAGACGUAGAAAACAACUGGGGAGCAGCAGAGUGUUGAAGGCCGUGCUAGAUAAUCUUGGGCAUUUUUAUAAAUAAAAGCGGAAGAUACCAUUUUGUAUCUAU